AUGUUGCUAUGUUCAAAGCAACUCAAAGUACAAGUGCUCAUCUUCGUCACAGGCCUGGUGGAGUGUCUGUUCUUUGCAGGAAUCGUGUUCGGGUGGGCCUCACUUGUGUUCAUCUUCAAGUCGCAGGGGUUCUUUGGCUCUUUUUGUGUCAAUACCACAAACAGUAAUAGCUCGCAGAUCCAAGAUUGCAGGGGGCAGGAUGAACAGUUCUCUCUGGUCUUCACCAUUGCAUCCUUCUUGAAUAAUUUCCUGACAUUUCUAAACGGCGUCAUCUUUGACCGCUUUGGCACCUUGGUGGCUCGGCUCUUUGGAUUAGCUCUUCACACUGGGGGUCUCUUGAUGUUGGCCUUCGCAACUCCAGCUAUGUCCAUGCUGCUUUACCCAGCGUUCUCAUUCGUAGCUGUCGGUGGCAUGAUGCUGCUCCUCACCAACAUGCAGGUGGCAAAUCUGUUCGGUGCUCAUCGUUCCACCAUCAUCACUAUUUACAACGGGGCCUUCGACUCUUCCUCGGGUGUCUUCCUCCUCGUUAAAUUGGUAUUCGAAUCUGGCAUCCCUCUCAGGGCCAGUUUCCUGUUCUUGGCCACCGGCAGCAUCCACCACAUGCUCAGGACGAUCUUCCUGUUUCCUAAAACCUCAAUCCCGUACCCGAUGCCUGACCACUACGAGUGUGGGACAUCCUGCCGAAGACCAAGGAACUCCAACAGAGCUGAGCAGACUGACUUCCAAUUGCCAGUUGAUGAGGGGCCACCCGCAGAGGAUUCACCUGUAAAACCUGAGAAAACCUUCCGUGAGUGUGUUCUGUCCAAAUUCUUCUUCUUGGUCCUCCUCUGGUUGUGUGUGAUCCAGCUGAGACAUUACCUGUUCAUUGGCACCCUCAACCCCACCCUGGAGCGUCUGGCUCAUGGAGACACAGCAGUUGUGAGCCAGUACAUCAACGCCUUCGCUUUCACUCAGAUGUGCGGACUGCUGGUCGGUCCCAUUAAUGGCUGCAUCCUGGACCGACACAAGCGCAAACCCGACGUGGCAGGAAUGAGUAAACAAGAAGCAGACCUAAAUUCUGCAGUUCUCUCUUUCUUCCUGACGUCACUGCUGGCGUUGGUGUUCUCAAUUUGCGCUUCCAUCCCAACGCUGUCCCUUCAGUACUUCACGUUCGUCAUGCAAGUGGUCAGCAACAGCUUCCUGUACGGUGGAAUGGCUGCUUUCAUCGCAGUGGCUUUCCCGCCGUGUCACUUUGGGAAGUUGUACGGCCUCCUCUUCGCUCUCUCAGCAGUGUUCUCCUUACUGCAAUAUGCCUGCUUUGCUGCGGUGGAAGAAUUUCUUGAUGGAGAUCCUUUAUAUGUGAACAUCGCUCUGACCGUGCUUAUCCUUUUCUCCUUCGGUCAUCCCCUGAAUGUAUUUCUGCACUGCCGAACGCUCGCGUCCAAGCGAGCCAAAGAGAACACAAUCACUAAUACAGUCACUGUUACUUAAGCAGUGUUGAUGCUUUCACUUACCUUGAAAGCAUCCAAUGAUAUGCCUUGCAGAAAAUAAGAUUUUGGUACCACUUUACAACAAGGGUACCCUUAUAUAAAGAGUUUGGUUCUUGGCUUUAUAAUGCGAUACAGUGCCGUGAAAAAGUAUUGGCCCCCUCCUCAAAUUCUUAGAUAUUUGCAUGUACAACCCCAAUUCCAAUCAAGUUGGGACGUUGUG